CUUAUUUAUUUACUAUCUUUUACAUUUAUACAUUCAGAUAUUAAUUUUCCGAAUUUAACUUACAGUUAGAAGGUGUAUUUCGGCUCGAAACGCCCACGCUUUUGUUCGGAUAUGAACCGGAAAAAAGGGCAAACAUUUAUCCUCAUAUCAGUCCUAUAGGCUUGUCUCUGUCCAUAAGGGCACAGCCUUUUAUGCCUCGUUUGCAUGCUGACAUGGAAAAAUUGCAAAGCAACGAAACGCCAUACUUGAGAAAUUACAUUCUAAAAUGGAACGAACGGUAUAACGAGAAUUUUCCUCGCAGAAAAUUUUCUGCUCUUGCCAUAGACGUUUACGGUCGAACGAGCUGCGUUACCAGAUAUAUAACUCCUAUUGAACUUCCACAGCUGAAUCCAGAUAAUUUUCAAGUUACCACCCAGCAACUGGCCAAAUACAUUUCUAAAUUUUCUUUCACCGAUUAUAACAAAUAUUAUCAAAACAUCUGGCUUACAGCAAAGCAAUUUUUGAAUAUUAUGGUUGGUUCAGUGGUGGACCAUGCAGUAACACUAGCUUGUUGUCUGCAGUCAUUAGAUUUACAUGUUUGGCUACUAUUGGGCUAUGGUACACCUAAUGGAUCUAGUGCUUAUGUCUUAACAAGAGAAUCAACAUCAAACUCCUAUGCCCCUACAUAUUACAUUUUUGAUGUAACAACUGGCACAAAAUACAAUAUCCUAGACAGUAUAUCUCCCUUACAGAUAAUCUAUUGUGUCAUCAAUAGAAAAAAUGUUUGGGCAAACACUCAGAGAACUAAUAAAGUAACAAAUACUCGGUUUGACUUUAGCAAAAUAUCAGACUGGUUGCCCCUAUUUACUGAAGAAAUCGUAGGACCAUCAAUUUCAAUUCAGCAGAGAGUAGCUUUUAGAACACUAUCUAAUGAACAGUAUUUACUACAAAGCAAACUGGAAAAGAAAAUUCACAAAAAAAUUGCUAAACUUACAAAUGGGGAAACAAUUAAAUUCUGCAGCAGCCUAAGCAAAACAUUCAAAAAACAUAUGUUGAAAUUUAUUAACGGCUGUUUUAGCGACCAGCCGGAUUUUGAUAUAGCACAAACCAUAUUAAGUGUACAAUUUUCACACAAACAGAAGAUGAAAGGCUUUCUUGUAUGCAAAACAUACACUAACGUCAGUUCACUGUUAGAAUUUAUAGAUAACACAGAUUUGUUAAAACCGUUAAGAGCUGAUUCUGAAUACAUUUUAGCAACGCAGCUAGUUUCAUGGCCAAAUCAAAUUAUACUAUGGAUUUUAAUAGCUGUUGUAUAUUAAUAGAUCAUAUCAAUUAACAUUA